GUAAAAAUUUUGGCCAUGGCGGCUACGGCGGCGGCGGUCAAAAAGUCUUAUAUGCAGUAACAAACUGUAGAGACAUUGCUAUUAUUUUUUUUAGAUUUUUCUUUUCACAAUAAACUUUUAAAUUUUCUUAUAAUUAUUUGGAAUGUUUUAAAAUUUUCCUAGUCAUCAUAUUAACCCGUUCUCAACCUACCUUGGCUUUCGGAUCGAUUGAUUUACUAGUUGUAAGUUACAUCUUGUAACAGUUUCAUUAUGUCAAAAUUUUUGAUCACAUCGAGAUCAAUUUGUUCUUUAAAGUUUAUUCAAAGAUGUUAUUCUGUUAAAGAAGUAGCUUCAGCUAUAGACCUAGAAUUAUUUGGAACAGUUUACAGAACAGAUAAGAUGACAAAUAUUGGAUCAAGUAUAAUAAGCAAACUCUCUAAAAAACUUCAUUUGCAAAAGAACCACCCACUUGAAAAAGUUAAAUCAAAAAUAGUUGACCAUUUUCAUGGAAAUUAUCGUUCACGUCAUGGUGGGUGCAUAUUUGCAUCUAUUGACAACCUAAACCCGAUUGUCUCAGUGGAUCAAAACUUUGAUGGGCUACUUGUGCCAAAAGACCAUGUAAGUCGCAGUAAAAUAGAUAAUUACUAUAUAAAUACUGAUUAUGUGUUAAGAUCCCAUACCACUGCUCAUGAAAGAGACUUGAUAAAAAGUGGUUGGAAUGCAUUUCUUAAUACUGGCGAUUGUUAUAGAAGAGAUGAGAUUGAUCGUACUCAUUAUCCUGUAUUUCACCAAACAGAAGGAGUUCGAAUAUUUGAACAGCAUGAGAUAUUUCAAGAUAGUCUUGAUGACUCUUUGCGGUUAAUUGAAAAGAACCCUACAAAGCGAACUUUUGAAAAGCAGGAAUUAAUAACUUUAGACGCAACAAAGUUUUUAGAGUUUAAUCUAAAGUAUACAUUAUCAAAGCUUGUUGAACAUUUGUUUGGUCAAGAUGUAGAAAUGCGCUGGGUUGAUGCGUACUUUCCUUUUACACAUCCAUCAUGGGAGCUAGAAGUAAAGUUUAAUGAUGAAUGGAUAGAAAUGUUAGGUUGUGGUAUUUUAGAACAGAAAAUUCUUCAGAGUUCUGGAGCACCUGAUAAAGUUGGAUGGGCAUUUGGUCUUGGACUUGAACGAUUUGCAAUGAGGUUGUAUGAUAUCCCAGAUAUUCGUUUAUUUUGGAGUGAAGACGAAAGAUUUUUAGGGCAAUUUCGAAGCAGCAACGAUCAAAAAUUUAAGCCUUUUAGUAAAUAUCCUCCUUCGUAUAAAGAUAUUUCUUUUUGGGCUAACUCAGAUUUCUCAGCAAAUGAUUUAUUUGAAAUUGUGAGAGGUGUUUCUGGUGAUGUCAUUGAAGAGAUGACACUGCUUGAUCAGUUCACUCAUCCAAAGACCCAAAAACAAAGUUUCUGUUAUCGCAUUACAUACCGUGCUAUGGAUAGAACAUUAUUUGAUUCUGAAGUAAAUAUGUUACAGGAAGAAAUAAGAAAUCAAGUCCAAAAACAACUAAAAGUUGAACUGAGAUAAUUUUGUAGUUAUAUUUUUUAAUAGUUGGUUUGUAAUGAUAAAAAUUUAUAAAAGAAAAUAAUUUUUUUA